GUUCCAAAAGAGAUUAAAAUUUUGAAAUGAUAUAAUGCGGAACGUAACCGUUCGUGAUCAGCCGAAAGAGAGUCGCCGCUCUGGGUCCUCUGGAGACCUGAGAGAGCAGCUGAGGAAACGAUUGAAAGGAGGAAAGAAGGAGUCCAAAAGUGGGAUGGGUAGGAGUGAGUCCGGAGAAGAUCUUCGAUCUAAACUGGAGAAGAAGAAGGUUGAUGUAAAACCGGACCGGAGCAGAUGGGAUGAAGAUAAUAAAUCUUCUACAGAGGAGUACUCCAGGGACUCCAAGAAGCACAGGGACAAAGAGAACAAAAAGUCCGAGAAAAAAGACGAGUAUAAACGAGAAGCUAGACGCUCCGAGUCCAGGGAAAGACGGCGAAAAAGCCGAGAUCCUUCUAGGGAUAAAUAUGAGAGAUCUCAUCAUAGUCCUGUAUCCAGCUCCGCUAGCAGAAAACCGUUGAAAGAGAAGAUGUCAGAGUCAGAGAAAAGGGAUCGGUCACGAGACAGGUCAGAGAGAAAAAGAAAACUCUCUCCUAAAGUAAGUCCCAAAAAAGCGAAACAAAGAAAAUCUCGUUCCGUGUCUUCCGUAGAGAUCACACCAAAGAAGAAGAAGUCUGCAGUAGAUUCCGAGGAAAAGGUUAAAAAGAAGAAAAAGAAGAAAACCAAAGACAAAAAACUUUCAAAGAAAAAGUUUAAAAGUGAGGAUACUCCAACCGAAGAGUUGACGGAGAAGAUAAACGCAGAGACCGACUCCCAAGAUCCAAAAGGCCGAAAAUCCCGUGUAGACAGCGGUAUAUCGACUGGCUCUGUUCUCAACGGAGAAACUCUAGAACAAAAACUUGUAUCAGUAUCUAGGAGAGCAGAGAGUAAGGUAUCAGACUCUCCUCUAUCUGGAACUAGUCUCAGUCUCUCUCCCAGUGUAGCAAACCAGAGCAGUCCUACUCAGGAGAUGGAAAACCUUGUGAAAGAAAACGCCGAGAACCUGGCUAAGAUACCUAAGGUGGCAGAAGAAUCUGAACAAGUGGAACGUAAGGAGAAGAAAAAGGUUAAAAAACAUGAAGAAAAAAAUCAGGUAGGUUCUGGAUCUCCAGUGAAAAAAGAAAACGAGGAGAAAAAAGGAAAACAUAAGCACGGUGUUGAGUCUAAAGAAAGGAACGAGGAUAAACGAGAUCACUCCCGCAGCAACAAAGAUUACAGCAGGUCGCCUGUUAGGAAGGAGAAACAUAGAGAUCGACGAGACAGAACACCUAGUCGUAAAAGAGAAAGAACACCAUCCAAACAAAGGGAGAGGACUUCCAAUAGGAGAAGGGAAAGAACUCCCAUAAGAAGAGAAAGAACUCCCAUUAGAAGAGAAAGAACUCCUAUUAGAAGAGACAGAACUCCUAUUAGAGACAGAACACCUAUUAGAGACAGAACACCUAUAAAAGACGGAACACCUUCCAGAAGAGAUAGAACACCUUCCAGAAGAGACAGAACACCUUCCAGAAGAGACGGAACACCUUCCAGAAGAGACAGACCACCUUACAGAAGAGAACGAACCCCCUCUAGGAGAGAAAGAACGCCUUCAAAACGAGAGAGACGUGAAUUAUCUCUAACAGAAGCAGUUACUACUCCAGGUAUCUCUCCUAACAAGCAAGAAACUUCGGACAUGAAAGCUGACAAUGAAACCACCAAACAAUCAGAAACUGAGAUUGAUAAGAUAAAAAACACUGAAGAAUCUGCAACACAACCAAUCAAUGAAUCUGCUGAGAAUGCAUCACAAAUCGCGAAAGAAGAAGCUGUAUCCGAAACCAAUUCUCGUAUUGAAGAUAGACUAAUAGAGAUUGCUUCUGAGACUGCUGGCAAGACUGAGAAAACUCCUAUAAAGGAACGGAGACACACUGUAGAUGAGUUCGAUCCCAGGAGGAAUGGAUGGGAUAGAAGAGACUCAAGAGAACGCCUUGACUACAGAUCGGUGAAAUCAAGAUCCCCACAGGGGUCCCGAACUCGAGAUGUGGACUCCAGACACAGACGUCGAUCUCGAGACCGCAGAAGAGAUCUUGAUCGUCGCAGUCCUAGACAGCUUAGAGAUCGUUCUAGAGAUUGGAGAGAUAGAGAGAGGUACAGUAGAGAGAGAGAAUACGGAGAGAGAAGAUACGAGAGCCGUGAUUACAACAGAAGAUACAGCACUGAUACCAGAGAAACCGGAACCAGAGCUAGCUCGUGGGAAGAUAAGGUUCAAGAGUUCAUUUCUAAGAUCGGCGUGACUUCAAACCUACGUGAGCUACCACGAGAUAAAAGAGAACCAUUGGCAGAUUUUGAUCCAUCCCGACCCCCGCCUCUAAACCUUGUCCCUGAGCAUCAGAGCAACUAUAUAGAUGCCGCUUUCCCUACAGUUGAUUAUCCCUCAGAACAUACUCCUCAGAUCCCUCAUUUCUUCGAACCAUCCAUAGCUCGUGGUCCGCAGUAUUCUCCGGACCCUGAGAUACAUACAGGGAUCAGUGUUGAUGAGUCUCUGGAGCGGAGUUCAAGGGAGAGGGACCUAAAACCCUUGUCGAACAAGGAGAAAAAGAGGAUGGAGAUUGCUCAGAAGGAUAUUUGGAAAUAUGUCGCUGGAUGUUUGAUGCAGGAUAGAAUAUUUCUCAAGAGAAAGAAGAAACGGGCGGAUUCGGAGGAGGAAGAUUUAAAGGAGAAAGCUGAGAAGUGUACUGUUCGUAUAGCUCUAAAACUAGAGAAGGCCGGGUUCAAGGAAUCCAGGCUCUGGAAGAUGCUGAGAGACAACGAGGCAGGUGUGGAGGGGUUCGUGGACGAGAUGAAGGUGGAGGUGAUGAAUGAUAAUAUUGAGGUGGAUUAUGAUUCAAAGAAGAUCAAGGAUAGGAUGGAUGCUGAUCUAUUGAAGGACGGAUCCUUUUUCAGGUAUAUUGGUCAGUUUAUCCAGGACAGUAUAACCGGUAAACACAGCCGGGAUUACCAUCAAUCUGUAUCCGCUAGCCACCUCCAUGGACUAGAAGGUUUGUCCUCGAACACCCUGCAGAACAUCCUCCACACAGCCUUCCAACUCCCAGCUCCAGUAACUGCUCAAGAUCCCAGGAUUCAGAACAAGGGAGAGUCAAGUCUGGAUUUUGCGAUCAGAUCGUUCAGCGAUCUUCAGAAGUUUAUUUGUGUUCAUCUCGUGCAGACUCUAAACGUGGAUAUUGAGAAAGCGCGGGAGAUUUCAGCGCUGUAUGUUGAAUCCUUGGCUAAAGCAGACUUUAAUAUUCUGACCCUAGAGGACGCUGUUAAGAACUAUACCCCACCUCCUCCUGAGUUUGAAGGAGAACCAGAACAAACAGUUUAUGGAUAUCUCCUGGAGAUAAUGCGUGGAGUUCCUUUCGACAGAUAUCCACGACAGCUGACAGACGGAGAUCUGGAUACACAUCAGACAAACAUUGUUCGGAUAUCCUUGGAUUAUUUUAAUCAGGUUCCUAAACCCAGAACCCCCAGCCCUAAACUUUCUAUUCGAGCCGUCGGGGAAGAAGAAGACGGGUUUAUCGGACCUAUGCCGCAUAUUGAAACCGUUCCCGUCGGCGGUAAUACUGAGUCACAACUUCCUCAACGGCGUUAUGUUCUAAUGUCGGUGGCUGUUGACACCGUGUCUGUUGACGGACGUCUGGUAGUUUGGCAGAUUUCUGUCCAUAUCCCAGGCCUACCGGAGGAGGAAGACCCCGACUACGAGUGUCUGAUGGUUCCCAUCGCACUGAUGGAUAAACCUCAAGUACUCUCAGAGCUAGGGUUUACUUUUGACGCGGAGAGGAACAAGUACUAUCAUCAGGGUACAGAGUUCGGUAGGAGGAAGGCAGAGAUGGAGGAGAGUAGUAUGGACAAGUUUGCUAACUAUCUGGACGAGAUAAGGAGUGGGAUGCGAGGAGCAGGAAACAACAAUGGUUUAGUUCUACUCUUUGAGACAGGAGAGGAUCUCAGCCUGGUUCAACAACUCUUCGCUAAACACAGUCAUGAUGUGUUCUAUGAUGUAGUGAAGGGUGUGAGUUGUCUGGAUAACUACCUGCGUGUAUCUCGACCUGGUCGACCGGCCUCCUACACCUGGCCAUCAUAUCAAUUCAAGGUGGGAGAAGGUGCGAAGUGGACUGCAACCAUCACUAACUCCGGCAACGUGAGCAGACUGGACGCGGUUACUAAGCCUGAGUGUAUCUACAAGAUUUGCGAGGGUAUACUCGGCUCUCCACCCAGCUUCAUCAAUUUCAUCAAAUGGUUCUGCUAUCCUAUCCUCCACCCGGAGAUAUCAAGGAUGACGGCAAGCCUUGAACACACCCUGGAGCUUCUACCACUACAGAACUUUAUCGAUCGUCAGCUGUUUACUAACAGGGUUCAAGUAACGUUAGAGGGUGUAUUCGCUGCACGAAGCGAAGUAGAGGCGUCCCGGCCUCAUAGUGCUUGCGCUCGUCAGACGAUUCGUCGGCUGGUCUCCCUGGGAUUUAAUCAGGAUGUUCUAAAGAAGAGUUUCCAAGUGGAUCCUAACUACGAUAUACCUACAACAGUUUUUCUUCAGGAUAUGACUGAGGUUCAGAAACUACGGCUUCACGAGCAAACAGAUCAAAUUCGGCAGAUUAUUAAACAGUUCUUUGGCCGACAUUAAACAGUUCUGGCCAACAUUAAACAGUUCUGGCCAACAUUAAACAGUUCUUUGGCCGACAUUAAACAGGGCCAACGUUUAACAGUUCUUUGGCCGACAUUAUAAAGUUCUAUGUCCAACAUAAAAUAGUUCUGGCCAACAUUAAAACAUUCAGCAAAAAGUUAUUUAACUUAGAAACCAUUUAAACCUUGUAAAUAUAUCCUUGCCAUGUCGUACAUUUUAACCGGAAGUUCCAAGUUUGUGUGAACUUAAUUUUUCAAUUUGUGUACACUGUACAUAUGCUUAUGCAAAUUUAUUUGUAAUGUAAACAUUUCCUUGUAUGUUGCUGUGCAUUUCUCAGAGUUGAAAAUAUAGUCAUUUAUUAUUGAAAA